AACGAGCCCGACAGCGUCUUCCGGCGGGAGCUGUGUUGCUCCUUACCAUGGGGACAAUUCAUCUCUUUCGGAAACCACAAAGAUCUUUUUUUGGCAAGUUAUUGCAGGAAUUUAGAAUUGUAGCAUCUGACCGAAGGUCCUGGAAAUUACUGCUCUUUGGUGCAAUAAACUUGUUAUGUACUGGCUUCCUGCUUAUGUGGUGCAGUUCUACUAAUAGUAUAGCUUUAACUGCCUAUACUUACCUGACCAUUUUUGAUCUUUUUAGUUUAAUGACAUGUUUAAUAAGUUACUGGGUAACUAUGAAAAAACCUAGCCCUGUCUAUUCAUUUGGGUUUGAAAGAUUAGAAGUACUGGCUGUAUUUGCCUCCACAGUCUUGGCACAGUUGGGAGCUCUCUUUAUAUUAAAAGAAAGUGCAGAACGCUUUUUGGAGCAGCCAGAGAUACACACGGGAAGAUUACUAGUCGGUACUUUCGUGGCUCUUUCUUUCAACCUGUUCACGAUGCUUUCUAUUCGGAAUAAACCUUUUGCUUAUGUCUCUGAAGCUGCUAGUACGAGUUGGCUUCAAGAGCACGUUGCAGAUCUUAGUCGAAGCUUGUGUGGAAUUAUUCCAGGACUUAGCAGUAUCUUCCUUCCCCGAAUGAAUCCAUUUGUUUUGAUUGAUCUUGCUGGAGCAUUUGCUCUGUGUAUUACAUAUAUGUUAAUUGAAAUUAAUAAUUAUUUUGCUGUAGACACUGCCUCUGCAAUAGCCAUUGCCCUGAUGACAUUUGGCACUAUGUAUCCCAUGAGUGUGUACAGUGGGAAAGUACUACUCCAGACAACACCACCCCAUGUUAUUGGUCAAUUGGACAAACUUAUCAGAGAGGUAUCUACCUUGGAUGGAGUUUUAGAAGUCCGAAAUGAACAUUUUUGGACCCUAGGUUUCGGUUCAUUGGCUGGAUCGGUGCAUGUAAGAAUUCGACGAGAUGCAAAUGAACAAAUGGUUCUUGCUCAUGUGACCAACAGGCUCUGCACUCUGGUGUCUACUCUGACUGUUCAAAUUUUCAAGGAUGAUUGGAAUAGGCCUGCCUUACUGUCUGGGCCUGUUGCAGCCAACGUCCUAAACUUUUCAGAUCAUCACAUAAUCCCAAUGCCUCUUUUAAAGGGUACAGAUGAUUUGAACCCUGUCACAUCAACUCCAGCUAAACCUAGUAGUCCACCUCCAGAAUUUUCAUUUAACACCCCUGGAAAAAAUGUGAGCCCACUUAUUCUUCUAAACACACAAACAAGGCCUUAUGGUUUAGGUCUUAAUCAUGGACCUUAUAGCAGCAUGCUUAAUCAAGGACUUGGAGUUCCAGGAAUUGGAGCAACCCAAGGAUUCAGGACUGGUUUUACAAACAUACCAAGUAGAUAUGGAACUAAUAAUAGAAUUGGGCAACCAAGACCAUAGUGUACUCUAACUUAGUUUUAUGAGGAAUAUUGAUUCCUUGGUUUCUAGUUUAUUUAGUAAUCCAAUUUUGCAUUGACUGUUCAGUCUUUUACUCUAAAUGUUAUGGAAUACUAGGCUUGUUCACAUUUCAUGAAACUUAUGAAACUAUAUUUUUGUAAAAUGUAUUUGUGGCACUGAGAUUCUUGUAAAUGUUUUAGGCUUUAAAUAGCCUUCCUUUAAAAAAUAUGUUUCUCUAAAUUUGAGUUUUGCUCUCUUUGGUUUUUUAGUUGACUGCAGUGUGAUGUGACCUUACCUUUAAAAGAGAGCCACCAAAUGGAGUGGAUCUGUCACAUUACUAAGAAUAGAAUAUUUUCUUAGGUGAAAUUUAUAAACAUGCCUCUUGAACAAUACACAUUCGAGGGAAGGAAAAAAAUAUCCAUUCGAAAAGUAAAAGUCUCUUUUAUAGCUUUUUCAAACUUAAUUGCUACAUUUUUCUUUGAGGGCCUCCUGAAUGAUGUCUUGCAAAGUAAAAGCAAAAAUUUUUAUCAGAAAUGUUGGAACAUAUUCUACUAU